CCCAGGCAAUGUACCUUCACUCCAGUCCCCUCUCUGCUGCCCCUUGCAGGGAGGCAUGAGAGCCAGGAGCCCUUCCUGGCCUGGCUGCUGCUGCUUAGCAACAUGUCCUCCGUGCCCUGGGUGCACUCCGUGAGUUACGGGGACUACGAGGACAGCCUGUCGCGGGCCUACCUGGAGCGCGUCAAUGUGGAGUUUAUGAAGGCAGCGGUGCGGGGCUUGACAGUGCUCUUUGCCUCAGGUGAUGAGGGAGCUGGCUGCAGGAAGGUUGCUGGAGGGAGCCACACAUUCCGGCCCAGCUUCCCAGCCUCCAGCCCCUACGUCACCACGGUUGGCGGCACAGCAUUUAAGAACCCCUUCCGAGUGACCUGGGAGGUGACUGACUAUAUCAGCGGGGGGGGCUUCAGCAGUGUCUUCCCUAUGCCUGACUACCAGGCUGCAGCAGUGCGGAAUUUCCUGCGCUCGGCCCCCCGGCUGCCGCCCCGCUCCUACUAUAACAGCAGUGGCCGUGCCUACCCCGACCUGUCCGCCCUGUCCGACAACUACUGGGUAGUGACUAAUCGCAUCCCCCUGCCGUGGGUGUCUGGCACCUCAGGAAGAGCUUACAAGCUUCAGGAGAAAGGGCCCAGUGAUGCCCUCUACGAUGUCACUCAGGGCUGCCACCUGGGGUGGCUGGAUGCUGCAGUGGAGGGGCAGGGUUUCUGUGCUGGCCCUUCUUGGGACCCUGUCACAGGCUGGGGCACCCCCAACUUCCCCCAGCUCCUGAGAGCUCUGCUCAGCCCAUGAGGCUGCUGCAAGAGCAAAGGGCUGGGCUGGAGAGGGGAUCGCUGCAGCAAGACCAUCCCUCUUCUCCCCAUGGGCUCCACGUAGCCGGGGCACAGCACCUGAUCACUGGACUUCCCCCCCUUUCCUGGGACUCAGGAUCUCCGGGUAAGAAAUGGCCCCUUGUUACUCUGCAGUGCACUGUGGCCGCUGAGCUGUGCAGCCUCCUGCCUGGCCCCAGGAGGGGAAUGUGGCAGGAACUGCUGGGGGGAGCCGUUCUCCCAUGAACUCUGCUGCGUGGGUGGGGGCAGUGCUUGGCCUGGCCCCCACUGGGAGAUGCAAGGCCUGGUAGGGACAGGCUGGCUGGGACUUGGGGUAAAUAAAACACCACUGCUUUGUGGACUCUGGGA